CACGUCAGCAAUUAACUGACGGAAGGACAAAAUUGGUCCCAAAAAUUGAAGUUUAAGGAUUUUUUUAGUACUUUUUGAAGUUUGAGGGUAGUUUUAGUCCAAAAAUGAAAGUUGAGGGACUGAAUCGGGGAUAUAACCUCGGGAAAACCCUCCCCCCAGUUGCAGAGCUCAGGCUACGAACUCCUCUGCUUCCAAGAAAAAUGGAGAAAUCUUUCACUCUUAUUCAAACAAUCGCCACGGCAGCUGUCUUCUCCGGCAUAUCCUUCUGGUAUGGUUUCAUGUUUGGUAGAGAAUCUGCUCGCAAAGAGCUCGGCGACUUGAUCGAAAGCCUUCGCAGCAAUAAUUCCGACUCUUCUUCAGCUCCUCCUCCGCAUUCUUGAUCGGUACGUCUAAGAGCUCUUCAUCUUCGAUCAUAAGUUCGUGUUCUGGAUUGUAUCAAUCUGUUUUCAAAGUUAUCUAUUAUUUCUAAGUAUGAAUGUCUUCUUCAAUCUCUGUAUGUCAGCAAAAACAACUUCAAAUGAAAGAACCGAACAGUUCGAUCUAUAUUAAAAGAAGAUUUGCUGAUUAAAACUCAUCCCCGUACAUGAUAUGAUAUGGAGAUACGAAUGCGGUUUUUCUGACACAUUUUGGGUUUUAGCAUUCCAAGUUUGGAUUUGAUGCCAAAAUUGUGAUUUAUAUACACUAUAGUGCUCUUUUGCUCUCUAAUAAAGCACGAAUCUUUAU